AUGGACCAUGACCUGCAGGCUGCGAUUGACGCCUCGUUGAGAGACGCAGUAAGAUCUCAGACGAAUUUACAGCGGCGUAACUCUUCGAUUGUUGAUCUUACUGGGGAUUCAGAUGGGGACGCGUCGGCGGCGCGACGGGCUGGAAAAGCAGCAGCAGCAGCAGCAGAAGAAGAAGAAGAAGAAGAAGAGGCAGGAGACGAUGACUCUGAUGCAGAGUUGAAGAGGGCUAUUCAGCUUUCUCUGCAAUCGGGGCGUGGUCCAGAGCAUGAAACGAUUGAUGUUGACGCUCUAGAGGCGGGAAAAGCUACGGCUACCCCUGAACCAAAGAAGACGGCUUCAGCGUGGAUAGCGGGCUUUGAUAGGAAGAAGAUGGAAGAAGAACGACUAGCCAGGCUGGCGAAGAAGAGAAAGACAGGAGAAGAUGGCUCUGCUUUAGCUUUACCAGCUGCACGGCCGUUGAAGGCGUCAAGACGUGAGCCGCCGUCUGAGAGUUCUUCGUCUUCUGCCAAGAUAUCAUCCAUACCCCCAGCUACAGCUACGGUGGCGGCAAAAUCUGCGCCUGGAGUGCCAUCUACAGAGCCGACUAUACAGUUCCCAGAGGGUGCGGUGAAGAAGACCUGGGCUUUUCGGUGUGAGAGAAAGGACGACAUCAAGCUUGAAGAAGUGUUGCAGCCGUCUGACCUGGAGCUGGCGGUGCUUAGCUCGUUCCUGUGGGACAUGGACUGGCUGUUGAUGAAGUUUACCAACCCGAGCACGCGGUUUCUAUUUAUCAUGGGGGCCAAGGGAGAGGAAAGGCGAGCACAGCUGCUGCGAGAGACUGCAUCGAUGUCGAGGAUACGGCUGUGUUUCCCGCCGAUGGACGGGGAGGUGAACUGCAUGCACUCUAAGCUGAUGCUGCUUUUCCAUGCCAACCACCUGCGCAUUGUGAUACCCAGCGCGAACCUGGAUCCGUACGACUGGGGAGAGAAAGGCGGCGUGAUGGAGAAUAUGCUAUUUCUGAUCGAUCUGCCUCGCAAGGCCAACGAGACCGUCAACGACACGACGCCAUUCCGGGACGAGCUCGUUUACUUUCUUCGAGCGUCGACGUUGAACGAGAAGAUCAUAGACAAGAUGCUCCAGUAUGAUUUUAGCAAGACGGCUAAAUAUGCUUUCGUGCAUUCCAUGUGGACAUCCUCUGUGGGUUCGCUAACGGCGACUUUCCUCCAGAAUCUGUACUGGUCGGCGCAGGGCGACAACGGGACGAAACAGCUAUCCGCACGAGCGGGGAACACCCGGAGUAGCAACAAGAGCAACCAGAGCAGCAAGAGGAGUGGUAGAGGCGAUGAUGACUGGACAGGGCGGAUGAAGGUGUACUUUCCGUCGCGAGAGACCGUCCGCAGCAGCCGGGGCGGCGUAUCGGCAGCAGGGACGCUGUGCCUGAUGUCGAAAUGGUAUAACUCUCCGAUGUUUCCCAGAGACGUCAUGCGGGAUAACCGCAGCGUGAGAGAGGGGCUGUUGAUGCACAGUAAGGUAAGUAAAAAUGCAACAUCCAUGUCCACCACUAGUUAAGUACUACUGCGACUUCUGCUCUUACUAGCGUGUUGAUUUACUCAAGCAACCCCUGUCCUGCCACCAAGUUACUUACAUGUGGGCUGUUUGUGUUAGGUACUGUAUGCCCGGCCAGAAGGGGAGGCCCGAAAGGGAGAGUCUAGGAGCGCCGACUGCGCUGGAUGGGCGUAUGUGGGCAGCGCAAACCUAUCCGAGAGCGCCUGGGGACGGCUGGUGAUUGACCGCAAGACGAAGCAGGCCAAGCUCAAUUGCCGAAACUGGGAAAGUGGCGUUGUGGUCCCCGUGGGCAGAGGGGAGGACGGCACGCAAAGAGGAGCAUCAGCAGCAUCAGCAGCAGCAGGAGCAGCACCAGAGGCAGAGCUGAGCCAGACGUUCAGGGCGGCGGUGCCUGUGCCGAUGCAGGAGCCUGGCCGAGAAUACGCAGAGGACGAGCAGCCGUGGUUCUACCUCGAGCACUUCCACAGUGACGCUACCAAGUAGAAGAUGCAGGAUAUCUACUUAGACAAGAGUUAGAGAGCAACGAUUUAAUGCAUGGCUCACCGACUCCAGCACGCUUUUCUGCGGUAUCUACCUUAACCCUCUUUUUGCAUCCUGCAGAGGAUAAGCAUCGAUGCAUGGGAUGGGCUCUAAGGUGCAACAGAGUAAAGCGUAAUAAUAAUAAUAAUAAUAAAAUACUGACUGUCGUG